UUAGUAGGUAGAUGUUAGUUAGCUUCUAGACGCCGUCGCCCCCUCAGUGGACCAGGGCCCUUAUCCACAAAGCAUCUUAGAGUAAGAGUAUCUGAUCUGGGAUCCGUUUUCCCAUUAGAUUAUAUUGACAGAUCCCAGAUCAGCACUGCUGCUCUGAGAUGCUUUGUGUAAAUGUGCCCAGAGUUAAUGUAGUGUUUCCCCGUUCAUAGACCCUAAUUAACUUCAGAUCCCAGAUCAGCACUGCUGCUCUUAUUGAUGAAUGUUUCAUCUUCCGGGCGAGUUUUGUUGUUCGGUCUGAACGAGAACAAACAUAGCUUGGGAUACGGUUUUGGAAACAAGGAACUUAUCUUUUAUAUCAGCAAUAAAUACUUUUUCAAAAAGCAAAAAGUUAAAUAGAGUACCACAGUGUGAGUCAUAAUACCCAUAAAACCAAGCAGUCAAAAAAAGGAAAUGGUUCCAAUUGUUUUUCCACAAUGUUUCCCAUAGUGGAUUUGAGAAACAUUUAAAAUAAGGGCUGUGUUUCGUGUAGGCCUACCCUGGGAUAACAUUUAGAUAAUUGUGUAAAUCUCUCUAGGACAAUGUGACUUGCCUGUAUCUACCCCCACCAAAUGAAACGCUAAUUAGUUGCUAAUGUGGCUAUCAUUAAGCACAAAUGCCAUGAUGAUCUGGAAAAGACUGCCUAAUCGAGGCAAAGACACCCCGCUGCAGCAGCUCCCAGCCUGUGGAGAACAGGUUCCCUCUGAGCAGGAGGAGUGGAUCCACAGUCUGGGCCAGGAGGAUCCACAGUCUGGGGCAGGAGGAUCUACAGUCUGGGGCAGGAGGUACCACAGUCUGGGCCAGGAGGAUCCACAGUCUGGGCCAGGAAGUACCACAGUCUGGGCCAGGAGGUACCACAGUCUGGGCCAGGAGGAUCCACAGCUCGUACACAUUAAAGAGGAACAACAGGAACACUGGACCAGUCUGGGGGAAGGUCAGGAGUCUGACACCACAGAGUUCAUAUUCACUUCCGCUUGUGUACAAAGUGACUGUAAUCAGGACCCACCUCAGCCCUCACAUCUCUACCAGACACAGAGUACCAGCACCUCAUAUGAACAGUUGAAAAGAGGAACUAGAGAGGACCGUCAACCUUUAGAGACACCCAGUGCUUCUCAGCCCGUCUCUGCAGUGAAGUCGAUCCAUCCUAGUUCUCCCUCUAAGAGUCGCUGUAAGGUGUGUGGGAAAAUGUUUCUCAUGAAGAGCUAUUUCUUUAAACAUGUGAGAAUGCACAUCAAGAUGAGAGAACGUGUCUGUGGGGUGUGUGGAAAACAGGUUGAGUUAGAGGAUAUAAAAGAUCACGUUCAAGCUCACAUCGAUGCUCAGUUUACUUGUCAGUUCUGCAGUAAAUGUUUCACUAAGAAUAAUGCUCUGAGGUUACACAUGAGGAUCCACACGGGGGAGAAGCCCUACCGCUGUUCUGUCUGCGGCAGAGGGUUCGCAGGAGCAACCAAUCUAACCAAUCACAUGAGGAUCCACACAGGGUAUAAACCCCACCGCUGUACUGAGUGUGGAAGGUGUUUCUCUGUCCUGGGUCAUCUCCAGACACACAUGAGGAGCCACACGGGGGAGAAACCCUACCGGUGUUCUGUCUGUGGUAAAGGGUUUAGUGUGAGCUGCAACCUGACGCAGCACAUGAUGAUACACACAGGGGAGAGACCUUACCACUGUCCUGACUGUCAGAAAGGAUUCAUCACCAUGGUCCGGCUGAGGAGACAUCAGAUCGCCGUUCACAUGCAGGGAGAAAUGUUCUUCUGUAAUGAACCUCAGCUAUAAAAGCAUGCAGGCCUUGAAACACACAGUAGAGUACAGAGAGAGACAGCGAUAACACACAGUAGAGUACAGAGAGAGACAGCGAUAACACACAGUAGAGUACAGAGAGAGACAGCGAUGACACACAGUAGAGUACAGAGAGAGACAGCGAUGACACACAGUAGAGUACAGAGAGAGACAGCGAUGACACACAGUAGAGUACAGAGAGAGACAGCGAUGACACACAGUAGAGUACAGAGAGAGACAGCGAUAACACACAGUAGAGUACAGAGAGAGACAGCGAUAACACACAGUAGAGUACAGAGAUGACAGCGAUAACACACAGUAGAGUACAGAGAGAGACAGCGAUAACACACAGUAGAGUACAGAGAGAGACAGCGAUGACAUGAUGAGCCCUGAUGUAAGACACAGAGAGACAGCGAUGACAUGAUGAGCCCUGAUGUAAGACACAGAGAGACAGCGAUGACAUGAUGAGCCCUGACGUAAGACACAGAGAGACAGCGAUGACAUGAUGAGCCCUGACGUAAGACACAGAGAGACAGCGAUGACAUGAUGAGCCCUGACGUAAGACACAGAGAGACAGCGAUGACAUGAUGAGCCCUGAUGUAAGACACAGAGAGACAGCGAUGACAUGAUGAGCCCUGACGUAAGACACAGAGAGACAGCGAUGACAUGAUGAGCCCUGACGUAAGACACAGAGAGACAGCGAUGACAUGAUGAGCCCUGACGUAAGACACAGAGAGACAGCGAUGACAUGAUGAGCCCUGACGUAAGACACAGAGAGACAGCGAUGACAUGAUGAGCCCUGACGUAAGACACAGAGAGACAGCGAUGACAUGACGAAAGACACAGAGAGACAGCGAUGACAUGAUGAGCCCUGACGUAAGACACAGAGAGACAGCGAUGACAUGAUGAGCCCUGACGUAAGACACAGAGAGACAGCGAUGACAUGAUGAGCCCUGAUGUAAGACACAGAGAGACAGCGAUGACGUAAGACACAGAGAGACUAGCUUCCACCUGUAAGAGGAGACUUCUUGGUGAAUAAGACAUGACUGAACAGCUGGACUUCUGAGCAACAGAAGUCCCUGAUCAUUAGUUAGAACAGUUGGUUCUCUGUUUGGGGCCUGGGACCCCUUCUGUGUGCUAAAUUCAUCAGGGACACCCUCAUCAGAACACAACUAGAGUGAGAUAGAAAAUAGCAUACAAGGAAUUUUACUGUGACUUUGGCAGUGCAUUGUGGGACAAACCAAGUCCCCGGGAAGGAACAUUUUAAAAGGCAUCACAGAAAGAAAUUAGCAGUUUUCAAGCUAAUUUCCAUGUACUGUCAUCUGUUGUUGGGAGUAAAACAUCUUGUUCAUGUACUGUCAUCUGUUGUUGAGAGUAAAACAUCUUGUUCAUGUACUGUCAUCUGUUGUUGAGAGUAAAACAUCUUGUUCAUGUACUGUCAUCUGUUGUUGAGAGUAAAACAUCUUGUUCAUGUACUGUCAUCUGUUGUUGAGAGUAAAACAUCUUGUUCAUGUACUGUCAUCUGUUGUUGAGAGUAAAACAUCUUGUUUAUAUACUGUCAUCUGUUGUUGAGAGUAAAACAUCUUGUUCAUGUACUGUCAUCUGUUGUUGAGAGUAAAACAUCUUGUUUAUAUACUGUCAUCUGUUGUUGAGAGUAAAACAUCUUGUUCAUGUACUGUCAUCUGUUGUUGAGAGUAAAACAUCUUGUUCAUGUACUGUCAUCUGUUGUUGAGAGUAAAACAUCUUGUUCAUGUACUGUCAUCUGUUGUUGAGAGUAAAACAUCUUGUUUAUAUACUGUCAUCUGUUGUUGAGAGUAAAACAUCUUGUUCAUGUACUGUCAUCUGUUGUUGAGAGUAAAACAUCUUGUUCAUGUACUGUCAUCUGUUGUUGAGAGUAAAACAUCUUGUUCAUGUACUGUCAUCUGUUGUUGAGAGUAAAACAUCUUGUUCAUGUACUGUCAUCUGUUGUUGAGAGUAAAACAUCUUGUUCAUGUACUGUCAUCUGUUGUUGAGAGUAAAACAUCUUGUUCAUGUACUGUCAUCUGUUGUUGAGAGUAAAACAUCUUGUUCAUGUACUGUCAUCUGUUGUUGAGAGUAAAACAUCUUGUUUAUAUACUGUCAUCUGUUGUUGAGAGUAAAACAUCUUGUUCAUGUACUGUCAUCUGUUGUUGAGAGUAAAACAUCUUGUUUAUAUACUGUCAUCUGUUGUUGAGAGUAAAACAUCUUGUUUAUAUACUGUCAUCUGUAUUGUCACAUCUGCUUAAUGUUGCUAACCUAAAAUCUACAGUGAUUGGGGAUCUUUCACUAUUCUACCUAUUUGACUUUAACUUGAGAAUAAAAUGUGUUGUUUAAAUAGUGUAA